AUGAACGACAUCUAUAAAGCAGCGGUCGAGCAGCUCACAGACGAGCAGAAAAACGAGUUCCGCGCUGCUUUCGACAUCUUCGUGCAGGACGCAGAGGACGGCUGCAUCAGCACCAAGGAGCUGGGCAAGGUGAUGAGGAUGCUGGGUCAAAACCCCACUCCUGAAGAGCUGCACGAGAUGAUCGAUGAGGUGGACGAGGACGGCAGUGGGACGGUGGACUUUGAGGAGUUCCUGGUCAUGAUGGUAAGGUGUAUGAAAGACGACAGUAAAGGGAAAUCUGAGGAGGAACUGGCUGAACUCUUCCGCAUGUUCGACAGGAAUGAGGACGGUUAUAUCGACCUGGAGGAGCUGAAGAUGAUGCUGGAGGAGACAGGAGAGAGCAUCACUGAGGACGACAUCGAGGAGCUGAUGAAGGACGGAGACACGAACAACGAUGGGAGAAUUGACUAUGAUGAGUUUAUGGACUUUAUGAAAGGUGUGGAAUAGGAGCCUCCGAGUUUCAUCGUGCAGACAGAAGACAUCACGCGUCGCUGUUCUUCUGUUUAGAUUUUACAGGAAAUGGAACUUCAAUGAUGUGAUGUUUGAGUAAAAACUAAU